GGAAGAGUGGAGCACAGAGCGAGCCGGGUGAGACCCCCCCCCAAAAGGAGGAGGAUGCGACCCUGGCUGUUCCUGGCGCGCAGAUGAACCUGGUCUCCAUGGCAGCCGCGGUGACGGUGGUGGAGCCGGAGCUGAAAUGGGUCUCCCUCUGGCUCCGGUCCCGUUGGGCGGCGGUGCUGGCGGCAGUACUGGCGGCUCUCCUGGUGGUGCUCCUUCCAGUGCUGCUGGUGGAGGAGCAGUGCCAGGCCGCCCUCCAGGGCUGGGCCUUCCUCAGGAGUAAGCUGGGGCUGGGCUACAUGGGCGUCGCCACCUACACGGGGCAGACCACCGAGCUCAGCGUGACUUCUGGCGGGUUGGAGCUGAUGGUGCUGAAGCCCAAAGUCUCCCCAGAGGUCAGACUAGAAGCCAAAGCUGCACUGCAUCAGGCGUUGGAGAUGAAAAGACAAGGGAAGCGUGAAAAAGCUCAAAAGCUCUUCCUGCACGCCCUCAAGAUGGACCCAGACUACGUGGAUGCCUUGACCGAGUUCGGCCUCUUCUCCGAGGAGGAGAAGGACAUCAUCCAGGCCGACUAUCUGUACUCCAAAGCCUUGACCAUCUCCCCACACAACGAGAAGGCUCUGGUCAGCCGGGACCGGACGCUGCCUCUUGUGGAAGAAAUCGACCAGAGGUACUUCAGCAUCAUCGACAGCAAAGUCCGGAAGGUCCUGUCCAUCCCCAAAGGCAACUCUGCCCUGCGGAGGGUGAUGGAGGAGUCCUACUAUCACCACAUCUACCACACGGUGGCCAUCGAGGGCAACACUCUGACGCUCGCCGAGAUCCGGCACAUCAUCGAGACCCGAUACGCCGUUCCCGGGAAAAGCCUGGAGGAGCAGAACGAGGUCAUCGGCAUGCACGCCGCCAUGAAGUAUGUCAACACCACCCUUGUCUCUAGGAUUGGCUCCGUCACCCUCCCGGACCUCCUGGAGAUCCACCGGAGGGUGCUGGGCUACGUAGACCCCAUUGAGGCUGGCCGAUUUAGGACUACCCAUGUCUUCGUUGGCCACCAUGUCCCGCCCCACCCUCGCGACGUGGAAAAGCAGAUGCUGGAGUUUGUGCAGUGGAUCAACUCCGAGGACGCCAUGAGCCUGCACCCGGUUGAGUUUGCCGCUCUGGCCCACUACAAACUGGUGUACAUCCACCCGUUUGUAGAUGGCAACGGGAGGACAUCGCGGCUCCUGAUGAACCUGAUUCUCAUGCAGGCCGGCUACCCCCCAAUCACCAUCCGGAAGGAGCAGCGGGCCGAGUACUACCACGCCUUGGAGGUGGCCAACGAAGGGGAUGUCCGGCCGUUCAUCCGCCUGAUUGCCAAGUGCACCGAGACCACCCUCGACAUGCUGCUCUUCGCUACCACGGAGCAUUCGGUGGGCCUCCCUGAAGCCCAGGAGGGCAGCAGCACGGACUGCAAACAGACCAUCUCGCUCAAAACUAGGACCUGAACCUUGGUAGCGAAGGACGCCCCCUACAGGAGAAGAGCUGGGAAAGCACUUUCUGUAAAACAUUUCAUUUAUUUAAUUAUGUCUUCUAAGUUAAGUUGUUUAAUGCAGUGACCUCUCCAUAUUUAUUACCCUCAGUAGGCUUUUGUCUAAUUAUAUUGCAAAAGGGAACAGGCCAGUCUUAGCGCCUCAGAACUGCUUGGGCUGGUUAAGUGUCAAGCGGGACUACUUCAGCUGGAAAAAAGUCCUACCCACGGUCAACUUUCCAGCCAAAGAUGGUCAGAUAUGGAAAAUGUGGCUGUUACUUUACCCAGCCAAGCCUGGCUGAGGAGUUCAUUGCUGUGCUUAGUGAAUUGAUGCUGUUUUGGUAUUGUUCAGUUUGCUAACCACGGGAAGGCCCAAACUCCACCUAUUUAGGAAAGGAAGCUUGUGUGAAUCCCACAAAGCUGCAAUUUCACCUGCCCUCCUUUAUGUUUGUAGCCGUUUCAAACCUAAAACCGAACCAGCUUCCUGCCUGCCAGUGCCUUAAUAGGGACGUGUAUUUGUACUGAAUUGUGCCUUAGCUCUUCCCCAGCAGAACCACUCC